UACCGUGCGAUUCAUUGUAGGGUGAGCGUUACGCCAUUUUCUCGUUCGAACUCUGAGUUCGCGAGCAAGUCAUAACCGGUCUGCCAGAAGUGUUUAUUUUCUGUCCAUCUGGAUAGCAGUUCAGCGCGAUAGAAUCUGCUUACAUCAUCAGAUUUUGUUGGUUUUGAGUGUUCGGUAUGUAGAUAGGAGCUUUCUGUGCGCGGUUUUGAAGUUGUUUGGAAAUAAUUCAAAAGUGAUCAGUGUUGAUAUUGGUUUUGUUUGUGUUUGUUUUUUGUUGUGGAGUUUUUUAUCCUCUGAUAUUCUCCAGGAUUGGAAGAGGCUCUUCAAUGUAUCCAUUGUUCAUGGCGGCUAACCAGCUCUUUUAAAUUUUCAUGAGGAGUGAGACGGAGCUAGAAGGUGCAGAUGGCACCACCGCCAAAACUAGUUUCUGUCUCUGUCAGCGACGUUGACGUCAUCAACAACAUCAACAACAACAACAAUGGCCGCCAUGUCCUAACCUCGCCGAUUGUUGCCACCAGUCACACGUGCAGUCGUCGCUAUGCCGAAAUUUUUGCUGCCGCAGCUAAAAAACGAGGCGAUGCCCUGGUUGAACCACCCCCCUACAUGCUUGGAGGCGGAGGCCGACUGCGUGCCUUCGAGCCAGGAGGGGGCGGGGCCAAAGAAAGCUCCACCCCUUUCACUGGAGGCUCCGCCCCUUUCCAAACCACUACACUGACAAUAGCCCCCUCACCAACCACAAAUGCCCCACCCACCACACCUAACAACAACAAUGGCAACAUUAACAGCAACAACAACAACAGCAACAACCUUGAGCUGAUUGUUGACCUGGUUGGCUCAGAGUCUGUGCAUGAACUCAGGUUGCAGCGUCAGCAGUUCCGGCCCCAGCCAACAGCACCUAGUCACAGUCAGUGUUCAGUAGAAACCAGCAGCGGUUCGAAUUCUUCCUCCUCAUCGGUCAGCGAGGAGCGGAGGGAGGAGGACGAGGUGGGAAGGAGAGGAGGAAGCAGUUGUGGAGAAGAGGAGGAGGGUGAUGAAGUGGAUGGAGAGGAGGAGGAGGAUGAGGAGGAGACUCCCUGUGACAUUGGGUUGCUGGAAAGGCUGAUCAGGUCGCAUCCCAUUUGGUUCCUGUUGGGGAUACAACGGGCAGGCGCGUUUCAUCUGUUGCAGGGGAAGGAGGAUGGGAACUUCGUAGUGCGGCAAUCGAGCCAAACCUGUACUAUGGCGAUAUCAGUUCGGUUGCCGGUGGGCAAAGGGCCCUACAUCGAGCACUACCUCAUAGAGGCCAUUAGCGACGGUCGAUUCAGUCUGGAGAGCUCAGACAACAAGUUCGAGAGCAUUCCCGCCCUGGUCGCUCACUAUGCGCAAUGCUGUGAUGAGUUGCCAGUACAACUAACGUUACCAAGAGCUGUGAGGGAAGCCAAGAACCGGCAACAGUUGUCUUCACUAGCUCUACUCGGUCAAGAAUUCUGGAGGUACCCUAUGGCGAACCCGCGUCGCAACCUAGGGGGAACGGUAGGUGGAGGGGGUGACCAAACAGGAGCUGACAGCUGCACAGAGAGUCAGGCGAGCAGUCUGAGCAGCUUCGACAGUGGCUGCAACAACAUGAGUCCUGUACUCGACAACCAUCAACAUCAGCAGGAAAGGCGGAAUGAGUCGAUUGUGCUGAACCUGAGUCCUCUGUCGCCCAAUGGGAAUGGGGAAUCGCAGCCCGCCAGUCUCAUGAGCACAUUCAAGGGAUCGCCUGUCAAUUGUGAUGAGAAUAAAGUUGGUUUCUCGUCGCUGCAGAGUGACAGUUCGCUAGCUUCUAGUGGGAUGAUGAUCCCCGUAGCCACUGAGACUUGUGCCAGAGCUCCAAGACCGACUCCUCCCAAUACUCUGAAUCUGGUCUGCGUCAACUCGGAUCCUGCCAGCACUACUAUUGCCGCAGCUAGAUCAAACACCAACAGCAGCACCGUUCAACAGCAGCUGGUGGUGGUUAGCAGCUCCACUGGGGUGACAGGGGGUAAAACACCUCCACCACCCCCACCGAGGUGGGCGAAGCCAGCGCUCAGCGGCCAACAGCAGAACUUCACGGUCACUACAACCGUCACGUUCUCCAUGAAUCAGGAGAUCACGCCGCCGCCUCAUGUGGAGGUGUCCUGUGUGCAGGUGACACCAAACAUAACCUCACCUGACGACCGCAGCCUCCAAUCGUCGGCCGACACGCCGGAGCCAUCCGAGCACCCGGCAGCCAUGACAUCUGUGGCCAGCGACGAGUCACUCAACAUGGCCGCCGUAGUUGCCUGCCAACGCCGCCAGACUGCGCUGCGAUCGCCGAUCACUGCGCAUGCGCCAGCCUCGGCCGCCAUCUUGUCACCGGUCACUGCGCAUACGCCGGCAGCUAUCUUGUCGCCUGUUUCCGAUUCCGGUCGCCAGGUGUCGCAUCGUCGCAGUAAACGUGGCGGCAGCCAUAAGCGCAGUCAGCACUAUCAGGAAUCUGAUAUUCUUGAGAGUCCUGACAUCUAUUGUCGGAGUUCUGUUGCUGAUAAGGUAAGCGACUAUGAAGACAUCUGGGAAGGUCGGUCGAACUUCAAACACCACCACCAGCCCUCAUUGCUACCAACCUCGCCGUUCUCUUCACCGGACGAAGCGAGCCUGAGCAGUGGUACCAACCCAACGGGCUGCAAACAGGGUCCAGUGCCCGACAUACUGGAACGGGUGGCACCCCUGCCUCCCACUACUGCCUCCAGUGUUACCAACAACGCAAACCGAAACCGGCUGAAACUCAGUCUGAACACUGUUGCCAACACUCCAGUCUCGGAGCCACACACACCUGAGCAGCCUCCUGUCACGACUCCGAGCUUGACCAGUGCUCAGAAACAGGGCAGCCCGUUCUACGCGGAGCCAGCAGAUGCUAUUCGAGCGGCCGCCCUGCUUCAGGUGCAGAGGAGAGGUCAGCGGUUGGCUCAACACACCAAGAGUCACCGACACUCCGACCCCGCUGCUUUCAUACAGUGGCCAGGCUUCACCAGCACGGAAGGCAGCUGCCUAGAACGCAUCGACUCCAAGGAGGAGUUGAACACCUCCAACAGCACCGCCACCACAGGUCUCCUCUCCUCCUCGGUGGACAACUUGGUGUCGGCGCGACACGGCAUGCCACCAAUCGCACCAAGUGCACCAAGUGGCGGCACCAAGUUGAGCCGCGCCAAGCCGGUGCGACCGCCCAAAGUUGGUGGCGCACCAAGUCGGCCGGGCGCCAAGAUUUUCAGCGACACGUCGUGGGCGGUCGAUUCUAGCUGGGAGUUUAUUGAUUUUUCUGAAAACUCAAUCUUUUUUCUUCUUCAGACAAUCUUCUCGGAGCCGUGGGACAGCUCCAGAUGGGAGCACCUUCUACAGGCGAAGCGGGAAGACAUCAGUCAACCGGCGCAGACUCCAACCAAAGCUGAAGAGCGCAAAGAUGUCUUCAUGUCGCGAACAAAGACUGCCAGGGAACUGCUUGAUCCACUUCUCUCGCCUCCACGCCUGCAGGUGUUGCAGAAGUCGAGAGAUGCGGGAGGGGCAGGUGCGGCGGCAAUAGGUGCCUACACCCUUCAGCUGGCGGCUGACAAGAGCACCACCUUCGCACAGAACAUAGACCGGUUCAUCGCCUGCACCAGGGAAUCACCCGAGACCAGUCCGCAGGUGGUGAUGCGUAACAUGCGUCAGUUCAUGUCUGGCAUGAAGAACUACCUGGUCAAGCACGGCGAACGUCAGUUCGAGAAGCAAGUUGAGAAAGAACGCAAUAAGUUGAAAGCCAACGAAUUCCUGAACCUGGAUGCUAUUCUGGAAGGUGUGAUGCACAAACUGGUGGUUCGGCCUCUGAAAGAACAUCUCUACAAACUGUUCGUGGACGAGUUCACACACAACGGAUCCAUUCAACUGUUGGCUGAUAGCAUACAGUACGCACGCACCAGACCUCUGCACGAGUUGGGAAUCAGGCCUAAAAUCGUGUUGCCCUCAGACGAAGAUCUCAUCACCAUUUGCCAUUACCUGCAACGACUGCAGGAGGUCUAUUCACCGCUUGAAAAGCUCGAACAUCUUUUAGCUGCCAUUUCUGCCAUUUUCGAAUCUGUGAAAGCGAGCAACGCAGGCAGAGGUGCAGUCACACUGGGCGCAGACGACUUUCUGCCUCUGUUCGUGUGGGUGCUGGUGCAGAGCGGCAUGGUGGCCGCAGAGGUGGAGGCCGACUACAUGUGGGGUCUGCUGCAUUCGUCGCUGCUCAGUGGAGAGGGUGCCUACUAUCUCACCACCCUCAGUUCGGCCGUCAAUGUGUUGAAGACUCUGCGACAGUGUACGGCCAGCGAUGAUGGAACGGGCAGUAGUGGCGGAGCUUCGCUGAGUUGGGGCGUCGGUUGUCCGCUAUCGGAGUGCAAGUCGGUGCUGAAGAUCGUUGUGCCGGACGAGAUGAACGGCUCGAUCAUCACGAAGACUUUGCCUGUGCGACCCAACAUGACGACGCGUGACGUCUGCAAGAUCAUCGCUCACAAGGUGCGCAUCACCAAUCCUCAGGACUAUGGCCUCUACAAGCUCGUUGACGGAGAAGAAACACUAUUGGGAGACGGUGAAUGCCCACAGGAUGUGAAGGGUCUGGUCGCAGAUGUUGGCAAACACUGUAUGUUCGCCUAUAAGAGAAUAGACGCGAAAAUAGCCUGGCCUAGAACAACUUCGCCGCAAUGAAAGAACGCUCGUUCAUUCUAAAGAAUCGUUCGUUCACCAUCAGUUCCUCAUUUUUUCAUCAUCAUCAUCAUCAUCGCCACCAUUCCUAGCUGAGUUUUGAAGCAGUGUUAAUUUGUUCAAUCCUUAAUAACAUAUUUACAUAAUUUUAUUGAAUUCUAAAAUUAAUCGUGUUGUUUGAAGCAUGUAAUUUGGUUAUCAAUUUAGUGAUCAGUAAUUUUGGAAUAAUGCAUAUUUUUUCGUUCAACGGAAAUAAUUUGAAUUUUCAAUUAUACAAGAAACAAUAGCCUACUAUUGUCGUAUUGUGUGAGAAGUGAAUAAUUGAUAAAUAAUUUUACAGUUUCAGGAUUUUAGGAAUAAAUACUAUUAUUAGAACCAAAUAAUUAAUAGAGUGGUCGAUUUUCCAAUCACAGAAUAAUUGAAGCGGUCAAUAUCAAUUUCUCUGUAAAUUUGGUGAUCAAGAACUUAAUCAAGAGUAAUCAAUAGCAUUGUUAUAUGAAAUUAAUUUCGUCAAAUCAACUUAUAAUCAUUAAAUUGAUAAAUUCAUAGUUAAUCUUAAUUAUUUGCUCAAUCAUUAUAAGAUUGAUUGAAUAUUUCAGUAAACCCAUUGUUAAUUAAUUCAAAUUCCAACAUCUGCAUUAUUUUUAACACUGUUCAAUAGCAAAUAAUCAUUAAUAAGGAAUCAUUCAUCCAUUUGUUAAAUCAUUCAUUGUACAUGUCUCCACAUUUAUUAUUAGUUCACCUAGAUUUGUUGCAAUUUUUCUUUGUUGUUGAGGAAUUCAAACAUCUGAAAUUUAUCGGCCAUUUUCUCUAAUUCGUUAUAAACGAAUUCAUGCUGAACUUGUAUGCUUGUUAUCUAUUUUUUGAGGCAAAUUCCGUGUAAAUUGUGAAUGAUUCUACUCUGGUCCUAAAAUAUUGAUUUUAUUCAAUAGCCAGAUUAUUUUUUAUAGUUGAACUAAGUUACUGAGUCGAUCAUUUUGUAAAUUGAUAUUGAUUGUAAAGAACUACUAAAUUAUCAUGUAAUAAACUGUUGGCAUUUUCCCAUUCAAUGAUUUGAAAUAGCAAAUUCUAAUGAAUUUUACUCAUGAUAGACUGGAUUGUGCAUAACUAGGAGGUUCCAGAAUAAAUGAAACCUAUUUUAAUCAAUAACUAAAAUAGUAAAACCUUUUAUUCAACUAUUCCAGGUUCAACUUUUGUUUUGAAAUGUUAAUGUGAGUAGUUUUUAAAAACUGUUACCUCCAUUUUGAGUUUUUUCGACUAGUUUGACAUUUUAGUUUCAUAUCUUGAGACAGUUCAAUGUGAUUUUUCCAUAAGUGUUCAUCAACCUC